AUGGCUACAAUAUCGGUACUCUUCACAUUUUGAUAAAUUUUCAUUCAAAAUCCUUGAAGCCUACUGGAAAAGAUGUGUCCUUACCGGAACUACUGAGACGUUUGAAACUUCAGGAAAAGGUUUAUUCACUCUGGAUCGCAUGAAAAAUAUUUAUUUAGAAUCUAUGUUUGAUGAGAAAAGAGAUGGAGAAGCGAAAAGAGCUUUGGCGUGCAGCAAUAUAUGAAGUUGAUGAAUUGGAGAGUGAGGUACCAAAGAAAAAAAAAUUUUUUUUGAACAAAGAAAAACUCAGGCAAAACUUAUAAGACCCUUAAAAGAAACGGAGGCGAGCCAAAGUGUUCAACCGAGCACUCCUGAAAGCAAUGGAAACGAGGAAAACAACUGA